CACUGGUUGCUAUGAAAGAAAAAGGAGAGAUCGACACGGAAAUCCGGACAGAAAGGUUAACGCAGCCGGUUUGUUUUCCUCUUUAGGGUUGCUAUAUUGAUCCCACUCCUGCCUGCUCCCGCUGUCAGACCCGUCCUGAGCCGGUGAGAGUUAGUGUGACCCGGACUGCGGCAGUCCCGCUCUACCCCGGCUCACCCGGCCCUGUCCAUCUGUAAUGAGCGACGGACACAUCACAGCCGAGUGGCCUCGGGAGCCGCAGCUCAGACUCAACUCUCCGUACAGGGUGAGCAAACCGGUGCAGGAACAUUGUCGGUCACCCGGGAUGUUAGACUGAUUUCCCGGGCCCACCCUGAACGCCAUCCGGUUACAACACCAGAGGGCAUUACCAGCAGGUGGAGGCUUCCUGAACCUGGGCCAAAGGGUAAACAAGAAGACGACAAUCAUCAAUCGUCAGUCAGAAUCAGAAUGGACACAGGUGGGAAAUUAAGUCGAGUACGGAAAGUACUCAGGAGGUUUUUACUAUGCGGCUCAUCGAGGGAAGAUGAUCGGGACACGAGAAGCAAGGUCCCACAGCAGGGUCAGAUUGAGAGCAAUGUCCCAAUGGAAUACGGUCCGCCCACCGCAGAGGAGGGAGAGCAAAGUCAGCCCAGAGACGGUGACGUCAGAGACACUGAUCAGGACCCUGGAACCGGUACGAGUGAGGCGACUGUCUGUCAACCCAGAGACAGUGACGUCAGAGACACUGAGCAGGACCCUGGAACCGGCACAAGUGAGGCGACUGUCUGUCAGCCCAGAGACAGUGACGUCAGAGACAUUGUGCAGGACCCUGGAACCGGUACAAGUGAGGUGACUGUCUGUCAGCACGGAGACGGUGACGUCAGAGACACUGAGCAGGACCCUGGAACCGGUACAAGUGAGGUGACUGUCUGUCAGCACGGAGACGGUGACGUCACAGACACUGAUCAGGACCCUGGAACCGGUACAAGUGAGGUGACUGUCUGUCAGCCCAGCGACAGUGACGUCAGAGACAUUGUGCAGGACCCUGGAACCGGUACAAGUGAGGUGACUGUCUGCCAGCCCAGCGACAAUGACGUCAGAGACAUUGUGCAGGACCCUGGAACCGGUACAAGUGAGGUGACUGUCUGCCAGCCCAGCGACAGUGACGUCAGAGACACUGAGCAGGACCCUGGAACCGGCACAAGUGAGGCGACUGUCUGUCAGCACGGAGACGGUGACGUCAGAGACACUGAGCAGGACCCUGGAACCGGUACGAGUGAGGUGACUGUCUGUCAGCCCAGAGACAGUGACGUCAGAGACACUGAUCAGGACCCUGGAACCGGUACAAGUGAGGUGACUGUCUGUCAGCCCAGCGACAAUGACGUCAGAGACAUUGUGCAGGACCCUGGAACCGGUACAAGUGAGGCGACUGUCUGUCAGCCCAGCGACAGUGACGUCAGAGACACUGAGCAGGACCCUGGAACCGGCACAAGUGAGGUGACUGUCUGUCAGCCCAGAGACAGUGACGUCAGAGACACUGAGCAGGACCCUGGAACCGGUACAAGUGGGGCGACUGUCUGUCAGCACGGAGACAGUGACGUCAGAGACACUGAUCAGGACCCUGGAACCGGCACAAGUGAGGCGACUGUCUGUCAGCACGGAGACGGUGACGUCAGAGACACUGAGCAGGACCCUGGAACCGGUACGAGUGAGGUGACUGUCUGUCAGCCCAGAGACAGUGACGUCAGAGACACUGAUCAGGACCCUGGAACCGGUACAAGUGAGGUGACUGUCUGUCAGCCCAGCGACAAUGACGUCAGAGACAUUGUGCAGGACCCUGGAACCGGUACAAGUGAGGCGACUGUCUGUCAGCCCAGCGACAGUGACGUCAGAGACACUGAGCAGGACCCUGGAACCGGCACAAGUGAGGUGACUGUCUGUCAGCCCAGAGACAGUGACGUCAGAGACACUGAGCAGGACCCUGGAACCGGUACAAGUGGGGCGACUGUCUGUCAGCACGGAGACAGUGACGUCAGAGACACUGAUCAGGACCCUGGAACCGGCACAAGUGAGGCGACUGUCUGUCAGCCCAGAGACAGUGACGUCAGAGACACUGAUCAGGACCCUGGAACCGGUACAAGUGAGGUGACUGUCUGUCAGCUCGGAGGCUUAUUGAACACGGAAUUUUCAAGUGCCCAACAAGGAGCAGAACCAGAGUUUACAAUAUCUGUCCUCCUGGCACAGGGGAGUGAAUAUCGACUGUACCAACUGACAAAGUUCUACAGGGACAGACUGGAGCAAGCAAUUGAAGAAAAGGUUGAAAGGCUCGGUUGGAUGUUGACAAAGGGGGGACAUUUCAGUAGAAAAGAAAGUGAGAAUGUCACUGAACUGACUGAGAAGGGAAACCGGACAGAGGGUUCUAGACUCUUCCUCAAUUUGGUGAUGGGCAAAGGCUCCCGGGCCCGAAGGGCGAUGUGGGAAUCCUUUGUGACAUGGAGGGCAGAGUUACCGAAGCUGGACAAAAUGCUGAAGAAAAUACAGGAGCUCGGUCCUGAUCCACAGGAAUGCAUGAACAUCGCCCAAGGGUUAUCUGAAUUACCCACUCAACUGAUCGAUGUCCAACAGAAACACAAGGAGACUCUGCGGGUACAAACUGAAUCACUGAGAGUGAACACGAUCCUGAUGAGGGAGAAGGUGAAGGUUUUCCAGCUGGUUGAUCGAUACGCUGAGCUCACGGUCAUUUCUACUGUUCGAGAUCGGAGACUGGUGGAACAUGAGCUGCUGGCAAGAGGCAGAGACCACGAGGACUGGAGAGAAAAACAUCUUCGCGGAGAGCUGGAAAAACUCCGGACAGAUCAGUUAUUCCAAAGCAGCUUUUCCCGGAGUAGAUCCAAACCUGGGAGUUCGGCAGCAGUGGCCGGAGUCGCGGGGAUCGGGAAAACCACAAUGGUACAAAAGAUUGUUUAUGACUGGGCCGUAGGGAAUAUAUACCAACAAUUCCAGUUUGUCUUCAGUUUCAAAUUCCGGGAUUUAAACUCCAUUAACUGCAGAAUAAACCUGAGGGAACUGAUUCUGGAUCAGUAUCCUUACUUUGGGAUUUUCCUGAGAGAGGUCUGGAAGAACCCAGAGGGAUUGCUGUUUAUAUUCGAUGGUUUGGAUGAAUUCAAACACAACAUCGAUUUUGCUGACAGUCGGAGAGAUACAGAACCCAGGCACCAGUGCCCAGAUCCCGAGUGGUGGUGUGAAGUGUCCGACAUUGUGUACAGUUUAAUCCAGGGCAAGCUGCUCCCAGGGUGUUCAGUGCUGGUGACCACCCGUCCCACUGCGUUACAUUUAUUGGAAAAGGCAGAGAUCAGUAUAUGGGCUGAAAUCCUGGGAUUUUCCGGUGAGGAACGGAAGGAAUAUUUCAUCAGGCAUUUUGAAGAUCAGACGGUGGCAGAAGCUGUUUUCAAACACGUGAAGGAGAACGAGAUCCUGUACACCAUGAGCUACAACCCCUCCUACUGCUGGAUCCUCGCUCUGGCACUGGGCCCCUUCUUCACACAAAGAGUCAGGGAUCCGCAGCGAGUUCCCAAGACCAUCACCCAACUGUACUCCUACUAUAUUUACAACAUCCUGAAAAACCACGGCCGUGAGAUUGAGAACCCCCGUGAUGUGUUACUCAGGGUUGGUCAGAUGGCCUUCAGAGGAGUGUCCGAGAAGAAGGUAGUGCUUACAGAUGGAGAUUUGAUCAAGUACAAUCUGCAGCCUUCCCAGUUCCUGUCCGGGUUCCUGAUGGAGCUUUUGGAGAGAGAGGAUUCUGCCUGGAGCGUAGUAUACACAUUCCCACACCUCACCAUCCAAGAGUUUGUAGCUGCAGUCGCACAAUUCCUGAAUCCACAUCCCGGGGAUAUCCUGAUAUUCCUCACUGAAGCCCACAGCACGACAGAUGGGCGAUUUGAGGUAUUUCUCCGUUUUGUUGCUGGUCUCUCCAACCCAAUGACAGCUCGGGGUCUGGAGGAGUUUCUGGGUCCAUUUCCUCAUCAAACAACCUGCCGCGUGAUUGACUGGGUGAAGGAGGAGGUUAAACGCCAGAGUGGAAACACAUGGAGCGAAGCUGGUAAAAGGAGCCUCCUGAACACAUUGCACUACCUGUUUGAGUCUCAGAAUAGUGGACUGGCUCAGGCCGCACUGGGAUCUGUGGAAACACUUUCAUUCACUAAAAUGACACUGACCCCGAUUGACUGCGCGGUCCUGUCUCAUGUCAUCGGACUCUGUGAUACAAUAAAACACCUCGACCUGGGGAACUGCCACAUUCAGUGUGAAGGAAUCCAGCGGCUGGGACCCGAGCUGUACAAGUGCCGGGAGUUGAGACUGAGUGGUAAUGAACUGGGAGAUUCAGGAGUAAAUUUGGUGUCUGCGGCUCUGAGGAACCCGGAGUGUAAAAUACAGAAACUGGGGCUGUGUGAGGUCGGUCUCACAGAUUCUGGUGCCGAGGAUCUCGUCUCCGCUCUCAGUACAAACCCAUCACUGACGGAGCUGGACCUGAGUAUUAAUGAACUGGGAGAUUCAGGAGUGAAACUGGUGUCUGUGGCUCUGGGGAACCCGGAGUGUAAAAUACAGAAACUGGGGCUGCGGGAGGUCGGUCUCACAGAUUCUGGUGCCGAGGAUCUCGUCUCCGCUCUCAGUACAAACCCAUCACUGACGGAGCUGGACCUGAGUAUUAAUGAACUGGGAGAUUCAGGAGUGAAACUGGUGUCUGCGGCUCUGAAGAACCCGGAGUGUAAAAUACAGAGACUGCGGCUGCGGGAGGUCGGUCUCACAGAUUCUGGUGCCGAGGAUCUCGUCUCCGCUCUCAGUACAAAAUCAUCACUGACGGAGCUGAACCUGGGAUUUAACUCGCUGACAGACCGAUCUGUCCCCGCUCUCCGCCGUCUCAUACUGACCCUCCCGAGACUGGAGCGGAUCGGGUUGGAUGACAAUCAGUUCAGUCGGACCGGGAGGAAUGAACUGAGAUCUCUGCAGGAACCCAGACCCGGACUGACAGUGUCCGUGUGCACAGCCCGCCCGCGGGAUGCCGACAUUUUGGCCGAUUCCCCGCCCUCCCCUUUAACUCCCGCCCUUACCUUUAAUGGCCGCGCGCCAGGUUUAAUUCCCACGUUCGCUGUUCUCCCGUAGUGACGUAUUUCCACCUCCUGUCCAGCGGCGCAGCUUCCGCCGGAUGUGCGGGUUCGAGACCCCGGGGAAUGACACGGACAGGAAGAGCCCGGGGGCCGGGGCUCAGCCUGGGACACCGGUGUCCCGGGCUGGGAUUAUCCCGGGAGUACGUAAUGCUGGCUGGCCUGCUGCGUUCACGGGCAACUUUUACGUUUGAUGCCGGGGAAUUACACAGACAGGAAGGGCCCGAUGAUGGCGGGUUUUUUUUCUGAGACACGGGUGACUCCUGACCGGCGUGGAUAACUUCACUCACAUCAUCUCUGAACUGAUUCCACAACCUACGGACUCACGUUCAAAUAAUUUACAACUCGUGUCAGUAUUAUUUAAUAUUUUAUUUGCACAAAUUUCCUUUCCUUUGCACGUUGCUUGUUGGUUAGACUUUGUUUUUGUAUAGUUUUUUCAUAAAUUCUGCUAUAUUGAUUUAUUGUCCUGUAAAUGACUGCAAUGAAAUGAAUCUUAGUGUAGUAUAUGGUGACAAAUAAGAACUUUGAUAAUAAAGAACACGCAUCAAAGUUGCUGGUGAACGCAGCAGGCCAA